AAAAUUAGUAAUCACUCAAAUAAGUAACAAAGUGGAAAAUCUCAUGUAAGCUUUCAGUCUCAUCUCACCUCAACUGCACCUCGUCAUCGUUUUCAUCGACGCCCUUGUCUUCUACAAAUAGACCCUUACUCUCUCAAUCUCUCUCUCUCUACAACAAGAGAUCCUUAAGAUUGCAAUUCAGGACGCAUUCCUAAGGUUUUUGUUGCUUUAGCAGAUCCGAGAAUUUUCGAAGCUGCUGGUUGUGCCGGCUUCUCACUGGGUGGUUCUUUUUCUUGAUCUGAAAAAUGGAAUCUGCUACCAUGAACUUUUGCAGCAACACUCUUCGCUCAUCUCCCGGCCUAUACAUGGGUAGGACAGCCGGAAUUAGGAGCUCUCAGUGCAUCUUUAUGGCGGGAAAAAUCAGUUUCCCCCGGCAGAAGGUGCAGCCUUCUCGAGUUGGCCGUAAAUAUGGCAAACGUGGUGGCGUAGUUUGUGCCACAGGCAAGGAUGAUAAAAUACUGGUGGCCAACAGAGGAGAAAUUGCUGUCCGUGUGAUUCGAACUGCACAUGAGAUGGGCAUUCCUUGUGUUGCUGUUUACUCGACCAUCGAUAAGGAUGCUCUUCAUGUAAAGCUGGCGGAUGAGUCUGUUUGCAUUGGGGAGGCUCCGAGCAGUCAAUCUUACUUGGUGAUUUCAAAUGUCUUAUCUGCCGCUGUCAGCCGUGGAUGUACCAUGCUGCAUCCUGGAUAUGGUUUCCUUUCUGAGAAUGCUGUCUUUGUUGACAUGUGCAGAGAACAUGGAAUUAACUUCAUUGGACCAAAUCCUGAUAGUAUCAGGGUCAUGGGUGACAAGUCAACUGCUAGGGAUACAAUGAAGAAUGCUGGUGUUCCAACUGUCCCUGGAAGUGAUGGAUUGUUACAGAGUACUGAAGAAGCAGUGAAACUUGCAAAUGAGAUUGGUUAUCCUGUUAUGAUCAAGGCAACAGCUGGUGGAGGAGGGCGUGGGAUGCGCCUUGCUAAAACACCUGACGAGUUUGUGAAGUUGUUGCAGCAAGCAAAAAAUGAAGCUGCAGCUGCGUUUGGUAAUGAUGGUGUUUACCUGGAGAAAUUCAUCCAGAAUCCAAGACACAUUGAAUUUCAGGUUUUGGCAGACAAAUAUGGCAACGUCGUGCACUUUGGGGAGCGUGAUUGUAGCAUUCAGAGAAGAAACCAGAAGUUACUAGAAGAAGCACCUUCACCAGCAUUGACAGCCGAGCUGCGUAAAGCCAUGGGUGAUGCAGCAGUAGCAGCAGCAGCCUCCAUUGGGUACAUUGGUGUUGGUACAAUCGAGUUCCUUUUGGAUGAAAGAGGAUCCUUUUACUUCAUGGAGAUGAACACUAGGAUCCAGGUGGAGCAUCCAGUUACAGAAAUGAUAUCCUCUGUUGAUCUUAUUGAGGAACAGAUUCGUGUGGCUCGGGGAGAGAAACUUCGUUAUUCCCAGGAAGAUAUUGUGCUCAGUGGACAUUCAAUUGAAUGUCGCAUAAAUGCAGAAGAUGCUUUCAAGAAUUUUAGACCUGGACCAGGAAGAAUAACUGCAUACUUGCCAUCUGGAGGUCCGUUUGUGCGAAUGGAUAGCCAUAUCUAUCCUGAUUAUGUGGUUCCACCUAGCUAUGAUUCCUUGCUUGGAAAGCUUAUUGUUUGGGCUCCAACAAGAGAAAGGGCGAUUCAGCGCAUGAAGAGGGCUCUUAGUGAUACCAUCAUCACAGGGGUUCCAACAACUAUUGACUACCAUAAGCUUAUCCUCGACAUUGAGGACUUCAAAAAUGGAAAGGUGGAUACGGCUUUUAUUCCGAAACAUGAACAAGAGCUUGCUUCGCCGGAUCAGAUACAGCUGGUUAAUGCCUCUGCUUGAGUUAAUUUGGUUGCCUGCUUUUUUUCCCCCACAUUUUUUUAGUAUGAUUCCUGAGUCGAAAUAUUUGAGCUACAACGGGAUGCAUGUGUUUUUUGUCAAGAACUGUGAUCAGUUGAUCUAUGGUGAAUGUUUGUUUCACAUGGAUUUUUGCUUAAUGUUUUUAGGUUUGUGCUAUUGUAUAAGUUCUCUCAAACACCUUUGAAUUAGUUACAUGGUGAAAUGUCAAGUUACCUUCUAACUCAAAAUUCUCUUCAACUUGUGAUGAUUUAAUUUGAUGGAGGGAGGAUGUCUCUAUAUUUGGUUGAGGAAAGAGAAUCUUGUUAAAAAG